ACCAAAUCAAAAAGUAUCCACUUUAAUAAACCUCGUCAGCCCCAAGGUAUUGGAAACAACAAUGGCAAUGGCCGUUGAGGUGGCCGGCGGUGGCGGAACUUUAUCAGAAUUCUACCAGCGUUCCCGACGGCUGUUACUCAAAACCAGAGACGGUUUAGAGAGGCUCGAACGUUUCGAAUACACCUCCUCUUCUUCUUCUUCUUCCUCCGUGUUGUCGUCGGGCGCCGCCUUGAGCGAUCCUUCGGAGAAAUCAGUUGACGGUUUAAGAAAAGAUAUAAGUCAGAUCCAAUCGCUUUGCUCUGAAAUGGAACGUCUCUGGCGAUCCAUACCUGCUAAAUCUCAACGUGAUCUCUGGAAAAGGAAAGUGGAACAAGUGGCUGAAGAAGUUGACUCUUUGAAAGAUAGUCUGGAUAAAUAUAACCUGCAGCAUCAGAGACGGAUGCAAGAAGUCCGGGAGAGAGCAGAAUUACUUGGGAGAGCUAGCGUUGAUUCAUCUCAUGUACUGAGGAUUUUUGAUGACGAAGCACAAGCGAUGCAAUCUGCCCGUAGCUCAUCCAGGAUGCUUGAAGAAACCUUAGCAACAGGAGCAGCCAUUCUUUCAAAAUAUAGCGAGCAAAGGGAUCGUUUAAAGCGAGCUCAACGGAAGGCAUUAGACGUCCUGAACACUUUGGGGCUAUCAAAUUCUGUAAUGAGACUUAUUGAGAAGAGGAAUCGUGUUGAUAGAUGGAUCAAGUGUGCCGGAAUGAUCUUAACGAUCAUAGUGCUGAUUUUCAUUUGGAGGUGGACAAGAUGAUAGGUGCUUGACCAUCAAGAUGAAUUCUUAGUUAAUAGAGUCAUUGAAAGGGUUGUAGAAAAGUUGACUCAAAGCCCAUUUCUAACUCAUACACAAAUCUUGAUAUCAAUGUAUUGCAGCUCGGGUAGCAUGAAUUCUUAGUUAGUAGACUUUCUUUUUUUGGGAG